CGGAGGCAGUACUUCACAUCAAGCCCCCACCCAGUUUUUAAUGAAAGAGGAAAGCACAGGCAAUAGAGGAAGUAGGUGCAGCCACACUCAGAUGCUGCUGCAUUAUUCAUACCCCAGAGAUGCUGCCUCAUUGAGCAGCGUGGCCACGGGACAGGGGAGAAGCGUGGAGUGUGGGGGGGGGGGGGGUCGACUGCAGACAGCCUCGGUGUGACAGGAACAGGAAGUGGUGAGGAGGCCGAGCUGUACCUGGUAAACCAUGAGGCUCGUCUGUUCCUCUCUCAUAACACAAGCCUGCAAACCAUCUCAGCCUUUCCAAAUAAAGAUUCACCAUGUGUCUAAGCUGAAUCUGGAGGGAGCGUCUUCAGCCCUGUCCCGACUGGCACCUGUGUGACUGGUGCUGGAGGUCGACAUGACACAGAACAGUGCGGGGACUGGUAAUGGCACCACGAAGAAGGGAGAUGAACUCAAAAUUGUGAUUGUUGGAGAUGGAGGCUGCGGGAAAACAUCUCUUCUGCUCGUUUAUGCUCGAGGAAAUUUUCCAGAGAAAUAUGCUCCAUCAGUGUUUGAAAAAUAUGUCAGCACCAUCUCUCUCGGAGGAAAAGAGAUACAGCUCAACCUGUAUGACACAGCCGGACAGGAAGACUAUGACAGACUGAGACCGCUCUCUUACCAAGAGGCCGACCUGAUCCUGGUCUGCUUCGACGUGACCAACCCAACCAGCUUUGAGAAUGUCCUGAUAAAGUGGUUCCCUGAGGUGAAGCAUUUCUGUCAGGACAUACCGGUCAUCCUGAUUGGCUGCAAGACCGACCUCCGGAAGGACAAGGAGUGUGCGAGGAAGCUGAAGGCCUCGAGUCUGUCUCCCAUCACAUACACGCAGGGUGAGGAGAUCCGGCAGCAGAUGAACGCAGAGCUCUACCUCGAGUGCUCGGCCAAGUAUCAGGAGCACGUAGAGGACAUUUUCAGAGAGGCCGCCAAAAAGGCUCUGGCCUACUGUCGGAAAAAAAACAAGUGCAGGAGGAAGAAGGCCUGUGUGGUUUUGUGAAGUGUAAAGGGACGGAGCCUCGAGGAGCCCACUCUGCAGACGAGGCCCCACAGGUGAUGACUUCAUGAAGACACCAAGAGAUGGUUCAGUUCCUGCAAGUUGAGGCACCACUGAGUCAUGAGUUCGUCUCCUUUAACCGAAAGUGAUGCAACAGGAAAGUAUAUUUUGCAAGAAAUGGCCGGGUGGAGAUAUGUGCAAGUCUUACAUAACUUGAAUGAAAUCAAUAUAGAUUUUUUUACAGAUAUAUUUUAGUAAUUUUCAAAAGAAAAAGCGUUAUACGGUUUGUUUUAUUGGAGAAAUUUGCAGUCAGCUCUUAUGUAAUACAUUUUCCACAGGUUUUUAUAGGAUCAUUUAAAUGUCUGCACCGUUUAAAUGGGGUUCGGUAGAAAACAAGCACCCUUUAAAAUAUAAUU